UGGGCCGCCGGGAGCGAGCUGUCUCGCGGGCCACGGAGAAGGGCGCUGAGCGGUGCCACGCUGCGGGCGCGAUGAGACCCGGAGAGGAGCGGCCGGUGGAGGGGGGCGCCUGCGCUGGCGUGUCCGAGCUGGAGCUGCUGAAGGUGCGCGCGGCGGAGUGCAUCGACGAGGCCGCCGAGCGCCUGGGGGCCCUGAGCCGCGAGAUCUGGAGCGAGCCCGAGCUGGCCUACGAGGAGCACCGCGCCCACGGCGUGCUGACGCGCUUCUUCCGGAGCGAGCCCCCGGCCGCGUCGUGGGCGGUGCAGCCGCACUACCAGCUGGCCACGGCCUUCCGCGCCGAGUGGGGGGCGCCGGGGGUCCGGGCGGCGCCGUGCCCGCUGCACCUGGGCUUCCUCUGCGAGUACGACGCGCUGCCCGGCAUCGGGCACGCCUGCGGCCACAACCUGAUCGCCGAGGUCGGGGCGGCGGCCGCGCUGGGCGUGAAGGGGGCCCUGCAGAGCCUCCCCGGGCCGCCUCUGCCGGUGAAGGUAAUUGUCCUGGGAACCCCUGCAGAAGAAGAUGGUGGUGGCAAAAUUGAUUUAAUUGAAGCCGGGGCUUUUAAAAAUCUUGAUGUGGUUUUUAUGGCGCAUCCAUCUCAAGAGAAUGCUGCUUAUCUACCUGAUAUGGCCGAACAUGAUGUGACUGUGAAGUACUAUGGGAGAGCAUCCCAUGCUGCUGCUUAUCCCUGGGAAGGGCUAAAUGCAUUAGAUGCUGCUGUCCUCGCCUACAACAACCUGUCUGUGUUAAGACAGCAAAUGAAACCAACCUGGAGAGUUCAUGGUAUAAUAAAAAAUGGUGGUGUAAAACCCAAUAUCAUUCCCUCUUAUUCUGAACUAAUCUAUUACUUCCGUGCACCCUCAAUGAAAGAACUUCCUGUUUUGACCAAAAAGGCAGAAGAUUGCUUCAGAGCUGCAGCUUUGGCUACUGGGUGCACAGUAGAAAUUACAGGUGGAGCACAUGAUUAUUACAAUGUUCUUCCCAAUGAGAGCCUGUGGAAAGCUUAUAUUGAAAAUGGAAAAAAGCUGGGGAUAGACUUCAUUUCAGAAGAUGCAGUGUUGAAUGGCCCUUCAGGAUCUACUGAUUUUGGAAAUGUUACUUUUGUGGUUCCUGGGAUUCAUCCAUAUUUUUACAUUGGAUCUCAGGCCUUGAAUCAUACAGAACAAUAUACUGAAGCUGCAGGAUCACAAGAAGCUCAGUUCUACACUUUGCGAACGGCCAAAGCUCUGGCAAUGACUGCGUUGGAUGUUAUUUUUAAACCAGAGCUGCUAAAAAGAAUCAGAGAGGACUUUAAACUGAAACUUCAAGAAGAAGAGUUUUUAAAUACAGUAGAAUAAAAGGAAGAUUUAGGAGCCGCCUACAGAUCAUCAGAAGUGAUGAUUUUUUUCUUUAAUCUUUUUUAAUGAGGGAGGAGGGCAUGGCUUGUUUUUCAGUCUUAAAGGAGUCAAAUUCCUCUUACCUGGAAAAUGAGGACACAGUGUGGAGAAAACACAUUACCUCAUAUCUAGAGUGAAAAUUUCACAAAUCUGUAUCUGAUGGAAUUGUGACAUUUCAGGGCUGGUAUGUGAUGACAUUUCUUAAACAACCUGGAUGACACAUGGUUUAUCCGUGAUUAUAUUUUGUAAAUGCAUAUAUUGUGUUAGUGUAUUUUAAAAGAUCCAAGAGAUUUCAAGCCUUAUAUUCAGAAUUGACACAUGAAAGAUUUUUUUGAUAUAGGGUGGUAACAUUGUUCUAUAAAGGUGUUUUAAAAUUCAAGUUCUAAAUUUAGGGAAGGUUCAUUCAGAAUAUCUGACUAUAUCUGUUUUGCUGUAGAGAAUCUCUUCAUUGAUAAUAAAAGUAGGCUUUUAAUCGGAAAUGCUGUGGGGAAGCAACUAGAAACUCAGGUACAAAGAAUAAGCUUUAGUUUUACCAUUUGAAAGAAAAUGAAAAUGUUCUUUUUUGUAUGUAAUAUACUCUGAGAAGUGGCAUUAAAGUGCUAUUCCUCAUUCCAUAUUACUAUAAUAGGAAAAAUGAUAGAUGGAUAGGAUUGGACUCUUCCUGUAAGGUGUUUGCUUGAUAGCCCCAUGUAUUCUAGAGGAAUUUAAUAAGUGGUGUGAUGUCCGCUUAUCUUGAAUGUUAAUGUCAUAUAACUGGUCCCCUCUACCUAGCAGCCCUAUUCAGGCUUCUCCUCAGAAGCUAGCCUCUCUGGCCUGGGUACACUCAGUAGUUUACUGAAUUCAGGGGACAGAAUUCGAAGCUUGCUUAAGCCCCAUGCUAGCCCAAUAUAAACUAAAACAUAUAUUUUUCCCGGUGUGACUUUCUUGAACAUGAUAAAAGAGUGAAAAAAGUAUCCAGUAAACAAAUAUUUUAAGCUGUAAAUAUAGUAAAGGUCCAGUAGACUUUAUUUUAAAGGGAGUCCUCAAAUUUGAGUGUAAGCAUUCCAAAAGUGGAAGGGGAAGGAGAGAAAAGUGAGCAUUUGGCCCCUCUGCUGUAAGCAAGUCACUGGGUACUCUGAGCCUUUGGUGCCUCAUUUGGAAAGUUAGAUUAGCCUCCUUAUCUUUACAGUCCUUUAAAUCUCUAAUUCCUAUUCUAUCUGAAAUUUUAUUUAAAGUUGGAAGAAAGAGAAGGGAAUUUGGGUGAAGAGUUAGUAGUUGAAAAUUGCUUUUCUUCUGUAUCAGGGGUCUGCAGACCGCGGCCUGAUUUGCCAAGCGGCCUGAUUCUGUAUGGCUAGCAUGCUGAAAAUGGUCUGCACCUUUUUAAAGUGUUGUAGGAAAAAAACAAAGCGUCAGAGACCAGAUCGUGUGGGACCUGUAAAACCUAAAAUAUUUACUAUCUGGCCCUUUGUAAGAUAAAGUUUGCCAGCCCAUCCUACAUAACAGUAAAAUAAAAACUGUUUCUCUUUGACUUACAUCAUGUAAUCAGAUCUUCUCCUAGAAGAAAACUUCAAGCCUCUGAAUUGAAAACAUUGCGAAGGGGAUUUAGGCAGCAGUGUCCUGUGUUGACCAUUAUAGUGCAUCAGGGGUUUGUCCUCACUGGGGGUUCUGGCUCUUUCAAAGUUUGCUUUCUUUUAGCAUUUACUUUGUUCUGGGAUACAGCUACCCUGCUGCCUUAAGGCUGUCGCCUCUGCAAGCCCCUCUUCUAACUCUUCACAUCAGGUUUUAGAGCUUGAUCCUCCACGACACUCUUUGAUUAUUUUAAUCUCAGUCAUGGUUGGUAUGCAUUUUACAAACAGGAGAGGGAUCAGCAAAGGCUUCACACUGAGAAUUGGAUAUGUCCAAGACCUCUGGUUUAUAAAAACAGAAUUAGUUUCCUAAUUAUCAAUUUAAUACAUUUCUCAACUGCAAUUUUCAAAUGCCUUAUAUAAAUCCUGCACUCUAAGGAAUGUGGUUUUAUUUUCUAAAGCCUCGCUGAAAUUCUAGAACAGUGAUUGUUGACUGGUGUCCCGACACACUGAUAUUCUCCGGUCUUUUGUGAAUGGUCACAAGUUAAUAUUACUCAUGCGAAGUAUUUGUGAUUAAUUUACUUUUUAAAAACAAAUUAGAGAAAAUGUCAGGUUAGCAUUCUGUUGUUACUGAUUCACUUGCGUUCUGGUAGGCAUCCUGCAUGAGGGAGCAAGGUGUGGAGUUGCUUCUGGUGUGCAGGGAAGAGGUACAGUCCGUACCAGUGCUGUGCUCCACAGCCCAGUCUGAGGAGGUAAUGUUGACGUGUACCGCUAAGGUUUGUGUCCCUUCUGAGUUUCCGUAAUAUUUUGUUUUCCUUUCAACAUUUAAAAAACUUGGUCAAAAUAUGGGAUUCUUCAUUGGAAUAUGUCCUGGAUUUAUCAUGUCAGAAAAGAGGUUGAGGUGCUCCAGAGUCUAUCUAGAAGUAUAUAUAUAUAUAUUUUCCCCAGAUCUCACCUUGGCAUUUUACGUUAUUUUAAGUUAUUUAAUACAAUUCAGACUUUUUAAAAAUCCCUUUUUAGUUUUUAUAUACCAGUGAGUUAACUGAGCCGUAUUACACUAAAAAGAGUAAAUAGAUACAUAAAUAAAUGCUGAGUCAAAAUCUCCUGUCCAGAGGAACAAUUGUAGCUAAUCUUCAAUAUGCUGUUUGAAUUUGGGAGAGUCCUUCCUUUGUAAAAUGGUAGUUUUUCCUUUUGGAACUAAGUUCUUUCCUUAUCCUCAUACUUCGGUGGCAUGUUUGUAAUGUGCUAAAUUUUCAUAAACAUUUAUACUUAGCUUAAAUCAUCAUUGUUGAUUAGUCCUCAUAUUUUGGAUUAAGUGUGCAAAGAUUUUGGAAGAUAAAUGGAGAAGCACUUGAUUACAGGAGAACAGUGUCACUUUUAGACAAAAAGGGUUAUAUAUAGCUCUUUAUAUUUAAAAGAUGAACGUUUAUUUUUAGGAGGUUGAAACAUGAAUGGGACUUUUUCAAAUUUUUAAUUUUGUGUCUUGUUUUUGAGGAAGAGGGCAACUUCCCAGAAUUAGUCUGAAUGAUGACACUUUACUGUCACUUAGACUCAAUGAUUGUAUGUUAUUCCUCCACUAGAUUACAUGUUCUUUGAAGUCAUCGUCUUUUCAUUAUGCUUAAUUUCCUUCAAGUACACUAAAACCUGACUCAUUUGGAAAUAAAACAAACAGGCCAAGCUGAGUUAAAGUUUAAAAUAACAUGAUUUUUAAAAUAUCAAGUUAGCUUCUGACCUAAACUAGAGAUAUAGAUGGACCUGCUUGAGGUAUCUUUGUUUUUGUGGAAAAUGCUUUUAUUACACGCUUUUUUUUUUUAACUUUCACUGUUCACAGCCUGAACUGAAGGCCUUUUCCUCAAAUAGCAACUUUUGGUGAUCUUUGUUAAAUUAAUAGACUUUAAGGGUAUAAUCCAAAUUAAUGGCUUAAAUUUAAUUACAGAUUAAAAAUGUUUUCUCUUUUGUGACUUAAUUUUAAAAGCAGGCAUGACUGAAUAUGGGACCUGUAUAAAACAAUUCUGUGGUACUACUAAUUACUAAGUUGCUAUAUACUAUAUAAUAAGAUUGAGUAUAGCUAAUAUUUAGCUUGCCUCUUAAAAUUCUCAAACUGCUAUUCAGUUUUAAAAACUACCCAUAGUUUUUAAAUAUUCAGGAAAAUUUUCCCUUUUAAUUGCUCCUUCCUGUAGUACUCAUAAGGGCUGGGGCAUUUAGGAUAAACUAGAACAUUUUCACGUGUUUAUGAAUACUUGUAUAAACUGAAAGUGUUUCGAUUUCCCACAAUCCUCCAAAGGACUGUUUAUUUAUUGGUAAAUUGUACUGAUUGUUACAAUUUCAGCAGUCAAGCUGAGUGAACGUGUGUCAAGGAGAGCCUACUUCUAAGCAUUGGUGGUAAGACAAAGUGUAAAUAUAGUCCCUGCCUCAAAAAGCUUGUGGUUGGUGGUAAGUUCUCAUAAGAUUUGCUUCAUUUGAGCGACACUGGGAUUGAGGGAACAUCUGAAGGCUGCCGUCUUAGAAAUUUUUGAGGAAGUAUCUCUAAAAUAUUUUAGAAUACCUGAGUCAUGUCAGUCUGUUUGAAUAGAAGAAAUUGAUAUGAAAGUCUUUUCUUAAAAGAAGAUUGUCUAAUUUCAUAAUACAUUCUUUUCAAAAAAAAAUAGUUGUGAUUUAUACAUUUCUUUUUAUCUGGAAAAUGUCCUACAUCGUGCUAGCCUUCAAACUGUCCAAGUAAAUUUUCAUUGUAAAAUAAAUUGUCUUUGUGCCAGCUAGCAACUCUUUAUAAGUCUCUAAGAUAUGAAAAACUUCUUUAUUUUUUUACAUACUUCAGCAAGCAUUUUACAAACCAAUUAAAUAGUUGACGAUAGUGUAUUUUGAUAUGUAUGAAGUUAAUAUUUUCAAGUAAGCAAUCAGUCUCUACUACUAUCAGAUCAUAGUCAUUUUUAAAAUAUUUUAAUACAUAUUAAAGUAUGUAUGAAAAAAUCUAAAGUGUUAAUAAAUAUGUUUAUCAA